AUGAACAGUGAGUUCCAUUUAUUUUUAUUUUCGGUACUGUGCGUUUUAUUUUCCAACAUCAGUGCGUCCGGCCCUUCUAUCUAUAGGAACGACUCAACAAAGCAUCUGAGAAUCAUAGAUGGAACUGACGCAGACGAGAGCGAGUAUCCGUACGUGGUUCUGUUAAUGCAAACGCGCCAGGGCUGGGGCAGGAUGUGCACAGCCUCCCUCAUCUCCGAACGCUGGGGCAUCACCGCCGCUCACUGCAAGAAUUACUUCCCUUACGGUUUACGUGUUUGGACCAAAGACUUUAACAAUUACGGUAAUUUUUGGGACAAUAGUGUUGAAAUUGCUGAAAUGAUAACACAUCCUAGCUACCGACUGUUAAUCAGAAUGAAAGGCAGACAUGACAUAAUUGUAAGUAAUGAUAUAGCUUUAUUUCGUCUUCAAAAGAGGAUAAGUUUACCCCGGUACGCGCGACUGUCAUCUGUCGACCGGGACACGUUGAUGGGGCAUCCAGUCAUAUACAUAGGUGGUGGUGCCAGAAAGAUACACGGAUUUAAUCCGUUACAAGGUGCGCUUCAAAAAGGUGAAGGUGUUAUCGUUCCAUGUGAUUCGGCAAUGAAACGUGUAUCUAAGUAUGUAAUAUGCACUGCCUCGAAGUGUUCUAAAAGAGCCCAGAGAAUAUAUUACGGUGACUCUGGUGGGCCUUUGAUUAUGGAUGGACAGGUUGUCGGCGUGUGUUCCUACGUGAUGGAACACGGAACGGUGACAAGCUCAGGCUAUGCACCAGUCAGCUGUUACUUAGACUGGAUUUAUUCUGUAAUACAUUCCCGGGACUCCGGGGAACCCCGCACGAAGAGACGUCGCUCUCGGAGGAAACUAUUUUAUAAAAAGAUAAAACUAUUUUAUAAAAAGAGAAAACCCUACAGACAUGGAUGA